UGUACCGAUCACGCUAAUUGGCAUUAGUAACAUCCCAAGACCACUUUUGUUUGUUCUGAUUUGUGCUUGUCAAAUCCAUCACGUUUUUUCUUGUCCUCAAUCAACCAAAUGCUUACUAGGAAUUACUACCACAACAAGGAAGACUUUUCUCGCGCGGUUGUGAAGAUGGCCUGGAUAAUGCUUAGCAUUGACUACUCCAGACUCUUUUGGCUCCUCUUUGGCGUCUUCUCUUACGAAAACCAUGAAGGAAAGCCUCGAAUUUAGUGGCAGGCUUCUUCUCUUUCUAACUCUCUUUUCGACUUGAAAAAAGAAAAAAAAAAAAAAAAUUCCAGUUCCUCAAAACUUUUCGAAUUUAUUCCUUAGCUAAAACAUACUUGAAAAGCUAAGACAUCGUACUUUGUAGUACUACUGUGCUGAGGUAGAAAUUAGAAAACAUGUACAGAGCCGGGAGGUUGUCAGACCGUACGGGCAGUACCGAUGAAUCAGAGGACGAUCAUGGAUAUGCUGAAACUGAUCCAACAGGGCGUUACGGUCGAUUUGAUGAAAUUCUUGGUAAAGGGGCGAUGAAAACAGUGUACAAGGCGAUUGAUGAAGUCCUUGGAAUGGAAGUAGCUUGGAGCCAAGUUAAACUCUCUGACUUGCUCCGAUCAGCAGAGGACUUGGAGCGACUUUACUCUGAAGUGCACCUGCUCAGCGCACUUCAUCACCCUUCAAUCAUGAAGUUUUACACAUCUUGGAUUGAUGUUGAGCGAAGAACAUUCAAUUUCAUCACUGAAAUGUUCACUUCCGGAACUCUUCGACAGUACAAAAAGAAGUAUAAGAGAGUGGACAUUCGAGCAGUAAAGAAUUGGGCUCGCCAAAUUCUUGAAGGCCUUGUUUAUUUGCAUGGCCAUGAUCCUCCAGUUAUCCACAGAGACCUGAAGUGUGAUAAUAUAUUUGUCAACGGCCAUCUUGGACAAGUGAAGAUUGGUGACCUAGGGCUGGCAGCAAUUCUUCGUAGUUCUCAACGAGCACACAGCGUUAUAGGUACUCCCGAGUUUAUGGCGCCUGAGCUAUAUGAGGAAAACUAUAACGAGCUGGUUGAUGUUUACUCUUUUGGCAUGUCUAUCUUAGAGAUGCUUACUUCUGAGUAUCCAUAUAGCGAAUGCAACAAUCCAGCACAAAUUUACAAGAAAGUGACAUUGGGAAAGAAGCCUAGGGCUUUUUACAAAGUUCAAGACUUGGAAGCUCAGCGGUUCAUUGGGAAAUGCUUGGAGACCGCUUCAAAGAGGUUAUCAGCGAAAGAACUGAUGCUUGAUCCAUUUCUAAUGGUGGAUGAUUUUCAAGAUGGGCCUUUGAAAAGGAUAGGAAGUCAAAAAGCUUUUCUCAAUGACAACAUUGGAAUUGAGGACCUGCAGUUGAAUGAGGAUAUACCAGAGACCAACAUGACCAUAACAGGAAAGUUGAACCCCGAGGAUGACACCAUCUUUCUCAAAGUUCAGAUUACUGAUAAAGAAGGUGCUACAAGGAAUGUAUUCUUUCCAUUUGAUAUGGCAAGUGAUACUCCCAUGGGUGUUGCCCGUGAAAUGGUGAGGGAAUUAGACAUUACAGACUGGACUCCAUCUGAAAUUGCAGAUAUGAUAGAUGCAGAGAUAUCUGGUCUGCUACCAUAUUCAAAGAAAUGGGAGCAUUCUCAGCCACCACGCUACCAUAUACUUCAUUAUGAGGAAGAAGAGGAUCACAACCACCCUUUCGUUGAUUUCUCAUCUUGUUCAUCAUCCCAGGUCUCAAUCUUAGAUGAGACAUUUGAUGAUGGCAGCUCUCAGAGCUCUUUGCAAUCCGAAAAGCAUUCCAACUUGAACUACUGCUCUGAUGAAUAUGAUUCCCUGAGAAGCCCAAGGCAGCAAAAGUUGCCUGCCACUUUAAGUACCCACAGUUCUUCAAGGUUCUGUCCUGGAGGGAAUUCUAGCAUGGCGCAAUCCCUUGCUAGAAUUUGCCCUUCAUUGUCCAAGGGUAUGCUAGUUUCACAAGUAACUUCCACAGCUAGUGGUAAAUGCACAGUGGACUUGCGCAAAUUGACAAGGAACAGAUCCCUGGUGGAUAUGCGCAGCCAGUUGCUGCAUCGGUCCUUAGUUGAGGAGGUCAGUAAGAGACGUUUGUCAAAGACUGUUGGUGCAGUGGAACACAUAGGGUUUCAAGAUCCCUGUCGAGUUUCCAAAAAGGCCUCAGGGACAGUAAAUGGUGCAAGUUCUGUGAGAGUCACCGGUGAUGUUAGAAGGCAGGGACAGACAACAAGAGCUUAGUUUCCCUUUUUGUCUGAGUUUGUAAUUAGAAUGAAGUUUCACUACUUCAACACGCACAAUGGAAUGUACAUAAAUAAUGAAUCAAACGAACGUGUGAAAACAAUUGCCUUGAUUCCAAAUAUGUAGUUGAAGCUCAUCUCUUUGCCAAAAAGUGGUGAAUCCAAGUUUGUAACCCCUCAUUGUUGUAAGCUUGACAUGUCAUCUGGGGAGAUAUUUCCCUGCCGGUUUUAAUUCUAAACCUGCACCAGCUUCUCAAUAUGUUCAA